CAGAAACCCUCUCUGGAUCUUCCAGCUUCCUUCGUCAUCAAUUCCAUUUCAUCCUCCCGCCACAACAAUGCCGCCGCCGAUGACGACGACGACUAUCUUCUUCCUUCCAACCAUACAGUCUUCUUCUCGCUGUCUUCGAUCUCGCAAUCUCGCUCCACACUCGCGCACUCAAGAGGCCGAAGCGUUCGGCUUCAAUCGCCACUGGCAAGGACUCAAUCCUUUGAGUAAAUGGAGAAUGGCCAAUACUUCUGCAAAUUAUAAUUUCACGAAUCAGAAGGACGUUACAAUUUUGUUUGUUGACGCCAUUGAGGUUGAAGCUUUCAACUCAAAAACUCUGUUCCUGAUUGGAUGCUAUACCAUCGUUGAUAUUGAAAUGAACAUAAUAAAGCUUUCGAGGGUUGAGCUGAAUCAAAUCUGCAGAUUCAAGUAAGUUAAAAACUAAACUACUACUGGCUCUCUUUUAGAUAAUCAUUUUAUAUAAUCAUCUCAUUUUAGCAAACUUCUCGCCUACCAAGCCAAAAGCAUGCCGAUAUUGCAUAGUGAUUGACCUCCUUUUUCUUUCCAUUAGAAAAGUGAUUGAUGGUUUGAUGAUUUGAGUUAUGCUUAGACUGAUUUCUUAGGGUAUAGUAUGUUAGGAAAGAAAAGAAGUCUUGAAUACCCUUUACUGACUGUAUCUUUUGAUUUGGAACAUGCAAAUUAUAGAUACUAUAUGCACAAUGUAGUAUCCCUAAUCUUUUACGAACUCUUGGUUCGUUAUUA